AUGGAGCACAGCGGCAGUGUGAACAACAGCUCGGAGUUCGGCGCCUCGACAGCGGGCAGAUCCACGGCCAUGCCCUGGACGAACAACAAGGAGUCGCCGAACAAUGAGGAUGACUCGAACGAGGACGAUGGCGACACACUGGCCACACCCGCCAAGGUCACCGAUCCGCUGGCACCGCGCCUGGCCAACAAUGAGCGCGUGCUGGUCGUUUCCGUGACGGAGCGCACCCGCGAGACUUGGGGCCAAAAGGCCGAGUUCCUGCUGGCCGUCAUUGGUUUUGCCGUCGAUCUGGGCAACGUCUGGCGCUUCCCGUACAUUUGCUAUCAGAAUGGCGGCGGUGCCUUCCUCGUGCCCUACUGCCUGUUCCUCAUCUUUGGCGGCCUGCCGCUGUUCUACAUGGAGUUGGCUUUGGGACAAUUUCAUCGCUGCGGCUGUUUGAGCAUUUGGAAGCGCAUCUGUCCGGCAUUGAAAGGUGUUGGCUAUGCCAUUUGCUUGAUUGACAUCUAUAUGGGAAUGUACUACAACACAAUUAUUGGCUGGGCGGUGUACUAUCUGUUUGCCUCAUUCACCUCCAAGUUGCCCUGGACAUCGUGCGAUAAUCCCUGGAACACGGACAACUGCAUGCCCGUGACCAGCGAGAACUUCACGGAGUUGGCCACAUCGCCAGCCAAGGAGUUCUUUGAGCGCAAUGUGCUGGAGAGCUACAAGGGCAAUGGGCUGGACUACAUGGGUCCCGUGAAGCCCACACUGGCGCUCUGCGUCUUCGGUGUCUUCGUUCUGGUCUACUUCUCGCUGUGGAAGGGCGUGAGGAGUGCCGGCAAGGUUGUGUGGGUCACAGCCCUGGCUCCCUAUGUCGUGCUGAUCAUUCUACUCGUGCGUGGCGUCUCGCUGCCCGGAGCCGAUGAGGGCAUCAAGUAUUACCUGACGCCCGAGUGGCACAAGCUGAAGAACUCCAAGGUGUGGAUAGAUGCUGCCUCGCAGAUCUUCUUCUCGCUGGGUCCCGGCUUUGGCACGCUGCUAGCCCUCUCCAGUUACAAUAAAUUUAAUAACAAUUGCUACCGGGAUGCGCUCAUCACGAGCACAAUCAAUUGUUUGACCAGCUUCCUCGCUGGAUUUGUCAUCUUUUCGGUUUUGGGCUACAUGGCCUAUGUGCAAAAGACUUCCAUCGAUAAGGUUGGCCUGGAGGGUCCCGGCCUCGUGUUCAUUGUCUAUCCCGAGGCCAUUGCCACGAUGAGCGGCUCUGUGUUUUGGAGCAUUAUCUUCUUUCUGAUGCUCAUCACGCUGGGAUUGGACAGCACUUUUGGCGGCCUGGAGGCCAUGAUAACGGCGCUAUGCGAUGAGUAUCCUCGCGCGAUUGGACGACGUCGUGAGCUGUUCGUGCUGCUGCUGCUCGUGUUUAUAUUUUUGUGUGCGCUGCCCACAAUGACUUACGGUGGCGUUGUGCUGGUCAACUUCCUGAAUGUUUACGGGCCCGGACUGGCCAUACUCUUUGUGGUCUUCGUGGAGGCUGCGGGCGUGUUCUGGUUCUACGGCGUGGAUCGCUUUAGCUCCGAUGUGGAACAGAUGCUGGGCUCCAAGCCGGGACUCUUCUGGCGCAUCUGCUGGACGUACAUUAGCCCGGUGUUUCUGCUGACAAUCUUUAUAUUCUCGAUUCUCGGCUACAAGGAGAUGCUCGGGGAGGAGUACUACUACCCAGAUUGGAGCUACAAAGUUGGUUGGGCCGUGACCUGCUCCUCUGUGCUGUGCAUACCCAUGUACAUCAUCUACAAGUUUUGCUUUGCUUCGAAGGGCGACUGCCGGCAGCGGCUGCAGGAGUCCUUCAAGCCGGACGACAGCUGUGGCUCGGUGGUGCCCGGGCAGCAGGGCACCUCGGUGUGACAUGACAACAUCGUGCACCUAAACAUACACACAAAUCGCACCAAGAUCAAGAUUUAUAAUUUAAACUGUAAAAGCUUCUCACCAACAACGACAGUGCCAACGACGACCCCACACGAAGAGGGCAGCAAUAGGCUGCUGAACAGCUACCAUUCCUACCACACAAAUAAUCUUAGCUACCACAACCCCGAAGAGGAUGCGGCGGAGACCAGCCACACACCAAAUGGCAGAGAUAUUAUUACGUAUGGAGCCUCGCAUUUGCAUAGCCAAAAUGGUUUAGGUCUCGGCCCGAUGCCCUUUGCUGGCCAGGACAAUAACUACGGCCUGAGGCGGCUCAGCAGCAGCUGCAAGCCGCUCAAGUUCCCGCUGGCCAGCGAGUGGUUGGUCUAAAAAGGAAAGGGACAGCGUGAAAGCUCCGCAAAGCAGCCAUUUGGCGGGGUUUUCAUGUGCUCCCACUCCAUUUAGUUUGUAAGCUCAGUUUGUAAGUGA